AUGAGUGAUUCUUCCAACGCCUCCUCCUCGCGGCUAGCCGCUUCGUCGUACAACUCGCCGUACUCUCGUGCCGGCGCUCCCAGCCCUCAUCCUAACACUGAUCCAUAUGCAAAACUUCGAGCACAGGCCUUGACUACGUUGGAGGCCAUGGGGUAUGACCCCAAGACCAUGGUCGAGCAUGGUGUGGUCUGGGCCGAGGACCAGGACCCUUUCGGCCAUGUAAUGCACUCGCAGUACAUGCACUUCAUUGGGUCUUGCCUGUAUCGUCUCAUGGAGAGCUACGACCAAUUUCUCAGCACGGCAGAAUGUGACGAUAUGCUUCAAGGCAAGAGCGUCAUUUCCGCUGUUCGAAAGUAUGAGUUGAGCAUUCGUAGGCAAGUACAAUACCCCGACUCGCUUAUCGCGGCGUACCGACAGAGCUACAUCGAACCCUCGCGUAACAACGGCACCCUUUGCCUCUUUUCCCUCAAGCAGCAAACGAUCGUUGCCGAGGUCAAAGGCUCGACAACCUUUAUGGAUCUCAAGACUGGUCGUCCUGUGAAUAUUCGCACCCUUGGUGGUGGAUGGCCGGCCGUGUACGAUCACUGGAUCAAGACUGCUGAACAGACGAAGGUUGCCAUGGAGAAGUGGGAGAGGGAUCAUCCCAAGGUCGGACCCAUUCACAGUUCAAAGAUCUGA